AUGUCUGCUAAUGAACUGGAUUACUAUUCUUUAGAAGAAGAUGACAUCGGUCUUAUAGAACAAUACAAAACCGGAUAUUUUAUUCAAGAUUCUAUGAUGUACAAACCUUCAGUAUAUUUCCACCACAACAUUCGUUUGCGUUGCCUGGAUGAUCUGAGAAAGUGGAAUGAUGAAGAAUCUGAAGAUAGGGUAAUUGAAGAUGAUGGUACGUCAGAAAUCUUUGAAAUGUGGCCUGAGAGGAUUAGACAGUACGAUGAACGCCAAAUAC